GGGGAGAGUCCGGGAGCAGUUCCGAGGCAGCGGCGGAGCCGGGUGGAGUCGGGGGUUCGGAGGAGUGUCCGAGCCUUGUCGUUUCAGCAUUCUGCUUUUCCUUUCGAGAAGGAAGAUCAGCCGAGUCCCAGGAGCUUACUCUGUCUUUGAGGAGUUAAUAUAUACAUGUGAAAUAAUCUGAAUCAGUACUGUCCAAUAGAACUUCUGUGAUCAGGUAAGUGUUCUGUAUCUGUGCCUUAUAGUGUGGUACUCACUAGCUACAUACUAUAGCUGCUGAGCACUUGGAAUGUGCCUAAUGCAACUGGGAAAAUGUUUUCAAUUUUAUUUAAUUUUUAUAAUUUAGAUAGCCACGUGUGACUGGUGGCUAUCUGUUGAACAGCCCAGGUAUAGAUAUAUGAAAUAAAAUAUUUUCAAGGUCAGUUGAUUUGGAUGUAGUGCCCUCCCCCUGGAAAACCAGCCAACCAACCAACCAACCAACAAAAGUAUACAUGUUAAAUGCCAUUUAACUUUAGUUUAUUGGUGGGGGUUAAAGAGUCUCUCUAACCUUCAGGGAUUUCCUAGUCCAAAUAACGUUACUCAUUUUGAAACUGUCAUCAUUUAAGGCACAUUUACAGUUUAAGACACUUGUGCAAAUGUGUAGCUUCUGUGUUUUAUUACUGUUGAAGUAUCCUAUAAAGCAAUAACUUUAUAGUUUAUAAGCAAAAGUCUUAGCAUUGUAUUACUUUUGUUCAUUGCAAACAACUUUUCUUCCAGCUAGCUAUGUUUUCUUUCAUUAGGGACAUUCAGACUAUUGAAAAAUUAGUUAAGUACAAUCGUAACAAAUAAUAAUACCAUUUUCAAGGAGCUUUUAACAUGGAAGUUGGUGCAUUCAGCUUAUUCAUUGCUUAUCAGAAUAGCAAGUAGGAAACGGCUUAUAGUUACCUCCAUCAACUUAAAUUCUAUGUCAAAUUAUUUAUUUUCCUGGCACCCAAAGUCAAAUAUUAGUGCCCUUGUCAUCCCUUAUUUUGUUUUGUUUUCUCUGUGCAAGAUUAGAUAUGUGAGCCUAGAAAGAAGACUUAAAAAAGUAUCUUCACAGCAUAAUUUGCCUAGUUUCUUAAGAUUAAAAACCCUUGAGAGAGAAAAACAAUCAAACAUACUGCGUGGUCUUUGUUUCCUGGUUUAAAGAGAAGCUAUCCAAGACAUUUCUAGGGUAGCUGGAGAAAUUUGAAUACAGACUGGAGUGUUAGGGAAUUAUUAGUAAUGUUAGAUGUGAUAAUAGUAUUGUAGUUAAUGUAGGAGAAUGUCCUUAUUUGGAAAUGUAUGCUGAAGCGUGUAUAUUUGAAGUGUUACGAUGUCUGUAAUUUACUUUAAAAUAGUUCAGCUGAAAAAAAAUCUGUAAACGAAAGAAGCAAACACAGCAACAUGUCAACAGUUGUUUAUCUAGAUGCUGUGUAUAUGGGUGUUCAUUGUUCUUGUCUAUUUCUCUGUAUGUGUGAAAUUUUUCAUAGUAAAAAUUUUUUAAAAGAGUACCUAUCCCACAGUAAAGUAGUGAGGUAUUAGAUGUGAGGCACUUGGCUCAGUGUCUAGCACACAAUAACUGCACAAUAAAUGUUCAUUAUUAUUUAUAACAAAUACAGUAGUGUUUUAAUAGUACUUAUUGACAUUUAUUUUCCGUUUUCCCUCGUGGAGGGAAAAAAUAAACUUAGUGGGAAACACCAAUUUCAGUAACGUUAGGAGAAUAAUUUAUAAAGCCAGUAAGGUAAAGCAAAACCUACCAAGAGCUUUUUCUCCUUGCCAUUUCCUUAAUAUCACUCAAGGAUAGAAAGCACCUGAUUUCCACAUGUUAUUGUGAACAUCCUCUCAUUACUUCAUGCUAUUACUUCGUGCAUGAGUAGAUUUAUUUGUAUUUAUCUAUAGUUAGUGUUUGAAUUUUGCCAUACUGUGUUCCUGAGAACUCCAUUUAAAAAGUCAUUGUGGAGCUGAUUUUUCUUAAGGAACAGUAGGGUCUUGCUUACCCGGCAAUAACCUACGUGCCCUACGGUAGCCGUGUAUCCCCUGGCCUCCUUCCAGGGUGACGUCAGCCACCUGGUAUUAUAGUGAUCCAGGGCCUGGCCAACCCAGAUCUGCUUAUCUCAAAGAACAUCACAUCUUGAAGGAACACAGAGCCCUUCCACGUGAGCUACUGGUCCUUGCAAUACUGGUCAUCGAGGACAGUCCCUCUUGGCAGGAAUGUAGUCUUUGUUCCCCUGCCUACUUAAGCAACCCCCUCAGUUCUGGGUAGUGGUGUGCAACUCUGUCCAGCUGGCUGCUCCUAUGCUCCUGGUACGUAAGUUCCCAGUAAAUGUACACUGUCUCCAGGUCUUUUCUUCCAUCUCUCUGCUGCAUAUCUGGAAGUGCUUGCCCAAUUAGGUGUGUUGUCAGACAGUUGGUGAGCCAGCCAGGAGACCGAGGAAACCCCAGUGAGCACUGAGACUGUGGGCAAUGGGAAGGGGAAUUCUGUGCAGGAAAUCCCAGGUUGGCUGGCAUCCUUGAUGUGGGGGCCGGUCACUGCCAUCAUAGGUGGGUGGGGCCCACCUUGUGAGUAUAGGGACACCCUAAAAACGCCAGAGGGCCUAAGGGAAGUCCUGGGCACAAUAGAUGUAGGGAGGAAGAAAUCAGAAGCCUGGGCUGUUGCAGCAGUUGUGGGGUGGCCCCUCCUCACUCCGGUAAGGCUGCAGCAGAGGCCAAGAUGGAAACAAAAGCAAAAGUAAGGCAGUUGCAAGAAGAACUGAAGUUAGAAAGAGAGGCUCAACUGGUGCAAGCCAAGACAACUAAGGCACCGUGUACUCGCCUGUGGGAAUCUGAUGAGAAAAUGGAGACACUAGCCUGUCAUUUUGCUAAAAUUAAGGGUGACAGCUACCAUGGGCGAAAGUGUAAGCCCUUGUGACCCAAGGAGAUCGGAACCCAAAGCAAUGGGACCCAUGGGAAUCUAGUAGUGAGGAAAGUGAGGAUGCUGCAGGAUGGGAUGACCCAAUAGAAGUACCUGUCCUGGUGGCAUGUCCAAUUGUCACCCAAAAAAUGGAAUCAGAACAACCCUGGCCCCCGGGGUUGAUCCGACCGAGUUACCCUCGCUGGUUUGGCAUGUGCCCUCUCCUAUGCAGGAUUACCCCACUGCCAAAUUGGUAGAACUAGGAAAUAAGUUUAGACAGAAAGGGAGGGAAAGCAUUCCCGGGUGGCUUUUGCGUCUCUGGGAUACUGAAGCGGAAGGUAUUUUGCUGUUAGGAGUGGAGAUGAGCAAAAUGGCUUUCAUCACUUCUCACCCCACCCUACUGCAACGCCUCUCUAGCGUUGUCAAUGAAGAUCAAGCGUCUCCCUCUUGACUUGGUUGAUGGCUGCCUGUAAGGGGGCCUGGCCUAAUGAAGGGGACAUACCUAUGCCUCCUCCCCGGUGGCAGACCAUGGAAGAAUUACAGGAUUUGUUUAGGGCACUAAGCAUGAAACGUGCAGUUUAUGCCAAACAUUACCGAGGGCCUGACAAUGAACUAUUCAGUGCAGGAAUGAAAGACACUGUGUUACAGACAGCUCAGAGCCAAUGGUAUGUGGCUUUAGUCUGCAUCCUAAACCCCUUGGGAGGUCAACCAGUGUCCCAGGCAGCCCAAGCUGCCGCUGACCUGGGGGAGACAGAUGAGUUCAGGCGGAGGGGAGUGAGGGCUCCUGGGCCCCCCAGAAGAACAGGCAACAAAGGAGCCAAAACCACCAAGAGCUCUAUCAGAGUAACACGUAGACAUAUGUGGCAAGGCCUGGUGGCAGCAGGCACCCUUCUGGGAAAAGUUGAUGGACAACCAAACACUGUUCUGCUGGCUUUGUGGCAGAAGCUGGAGCCAAAACAAAGAUUCAUGAGGCCACCCACAGAGCACCCCAAACCAGCAGCACCCCCAGCUACAGCCUAGGAACACUCUAGCCCCUGUGACUAGGGGAAAGGCCAAGGGACCCCUCAGCACACCCCUGUAACACUGUGCAGGUGGCCCAGGUAUCAGGGGACCGGAGGCCACAUGUGGAAAUAACAAUAUAAUGGUCUACUAAAAAUAAACAUAUGGUUUUAGUGUAUACAGGAGCAGAAUGUACUCUGAUUCAUGGAAAUCCAUCCCGUUUUGAUGGCCCUAUUUCUGUCAUAGAUGCUUACAGUGGGGGCACAGUCAAGGUGAAACUGGUGCUGCUAGUGCUGUGGAUACGGCGUCUCCUGCCAAAAUGAUAUAUGGUAUAUAUUGCCCCCAUACCCAAAUACACCCUGGGAAUGGGUGUCCUCACUGGCCUGACCCUACAGACUACUGCUGGAGAAUUCCACCUUCAGGUCCACUUGGUUAAAUCUGUCAUAAGGGGACAUGCCAAAUGGACCCUGGUCAGCUUGCCCCAACCAUGUUGUGUGGUGAUGAUAAAACAGUAUUGUCUCCUCAGGGGAGAAGAUGAAAUCACAGGAACUGUACAGGCAUUGGCAAAAGUGGGAAUCAUUAGACCCACACAUAGUCCGUUCAAGAGCCUGGUGUGGCCCAUUCGGAAGCCAGAUGGUUCCUGGCGAAUGACUGGGGACUGUCGAGAAUUAAACAAAGUGAUGCUGCCUACGUAUGCCGCCAUCCCCAGUAUAGCCUCCCUCUUAGAAAAAUAGGGGAUGCCUUGGGAACAUACCAUUUUGUUCUGGACCUUGCUAAUGCCUUUUUCAGUAUCCCCUUGGAUGAAGGUAGUCAAGACCAAUUUGCCUUUACUUGGCAGGGCACACGAUAGACUUUCACUGUUCUGCCUCACGGGUAUCUCCAUAGUCCCACAAUUUGUCAUGGUCUUGUGGCCGCUGACUUGGCCCAGUGGACACAAACCCCUAAUGUUGCCUUGUUCUGUUAUAUCAAUGAUGUCAUGUUAAGCUCUGAGUCUUUUUCAGACCUCUAGGAAGCCUCCUGCUCCCUCAUCACCCUCCUACACCAACAAGGAUGGGUGGUAAACGACAACAAAUUACAAGGGCCUGGGUUAUCUGACAUGUACUUGGGGAUUGUCUGGUCGAGUAAGACAAUAGUGAUUCCUGCUGCUGUUAUAGAUAAGAUACAGGCUUUCCCUACACCCAGCACCCCAAAACAACCACAGACCUUUCUGUGCUUAGUAGGUUAUUGGCGCCCUUUCAUUCCUUGUUUAGCCUAACUACUCUGCCCUCUUCAUAAGUUGGUACGAAAGGGUGUUAUCUGGGACUGGGGGACCACUGAGCAGGAGGCCUUCCCCCAAGCUAAAAUAGCAGUAAAACACAUUCAGUCUUUGGGUGUUUGAACCCAAGGACAAUCAUGCGAAUUGGACGUUCCCAGUUGUCCAGAGGGGUUCGGAUGGGGUCUCUGGCAGAGGCAAGGCAACAAAUGAGUUCCCCUUGGCUUCUGGUCACAAUUGUGGAAAGGGGCUGAAAGAUGAUAUAGCACCCUGGAACAACAAUUAUAUGCUAUUUAUUUGGCCCUCCAACAAGUGGAGCCCAUAACCCAUUCCCUGCCGGUCACAGUCCGUACCCAUCUGCCCAUUGUAGCGUGGCUGCAAGAUGCUUUCCAGAAGCCACAUUCAGGAACAGCCCAAACACAGACAUUGGCAAAGUUGCAUGCCUACUUACAACAACGAGGGACCUUUACUAAUAGUCCCUUAAGUGUGGAAUUGCUUGCCAUCCUAUGACCAGUGACGUAGACCACAGAAGAAGCAACCCUGUUGGAUGAAGUGCCCACACCUGAAACCCUCCUGAAUGUAUGGGAAGGAGAAGGACCAAUGCCCGUGGAGGCCUGGUAUAUAGAUGGCUCCACAGGAGAGGCUCCCCCACUGGCAGCAGUGGCCAUUCAGCCUUUGCCAAGAGCUUGUGGUUGGAUUCUGGUUCUGGGUAUGGUAGUCAGUGGGCCGAAUUGCUGGCCACCUGGAUGGUACUGACUCAAGAACCCGAUCCAGUACAUCUUUGUAUAGACAGGCAGUCUAUAAGGGACUCACCCCGUGGAUGGCCCAAUGGGCUUGACAAAAGUGAACCAUCAAUGGUCACCCAUUAUGGGGGGCAGAGCUCUGGGAUGAUAUCUGGCAGCAGGUCCAGGGAAUGAUGAUAACAGUGUAUCAUGUAUCUGUACAUCAAGUGACAGUGCCACCAGGAAACCAACAAGCAGACGGAUUAGCCCAGAUUCGUCUCCUAGAAGAAGUACCAGCUGAGAGAGUGGCAGAAUGGUUACACUAGAAGACUGGACGUAAAGGACAGAGGACCCUAUGGACUUUUUUCAAGGCCUGGGGCCUCUCCCUACGCUGUGCUGAUGUAGUAUGGGUCACCAGGCGUGCCCUUUUUGUUCCUUGCGGAGACCCUGGGCCAUUCCUCAGGAUGUAGGCUAAAUCACCAGAGGCAACCAACCCAUCCAAUGCUGGCAGGUGGAUUACGUUGGACCCUUAACCUCUCUCCAACAGUUGCCAAUGUGCCUUUAAUUGCAUAGACACAUAUACAGAACUGCUGCAGGCGUACUCCAGCACACGGGCCACACUGAAGACCACCAUAAGAGGCCCAGAUCACCUCAGCACUGCUUAUGGUGUUCCCAUGGACAUCAACAGUGACCAAGAUACUCAUUUUACUGGCCACCAGGUACAAACAUGGGCUGACCAAAUGGACCAUACAUUGGCAUUUUCACCAGCCAUACAACCUCACAGCCACGGGGCUGGUAGAACAAAUGAAUGGCUUGCUGAAACAACAAUUAAGGACAGAAGAAAGGACCCUAGCCCACUGGCUGAGAUGCCUAACAACUGCAAUACGUCAACUAAAUGAACAUGAGAAACAUACCCGACCCAGCGCGUAUCGGAUGUUGAUACAAGGACCCGAUCCAACUGUAUGCCUACAGACAAGAGCCCACUAAGUAGAAACUAUACAACCACAAAUAGGCACUCAGAACAACUUGCUUAUGCCUUUGCUAUAAGAACUCCUUACUAGGACCCACGUGAUCACUUGGCCCUGGGACUGCCAGGUGGAGCCCCACUGGUGUGGUCUCUUAGCCACUUGGGGGACAGGCUUAGGACAAGAUAGUAACAGCUUUUAUUGUGGGAGGACCACCCAAAACCUCCAAACUUAGUAAUCCAGGGCCUCCAAUUCCCUAAGGCACUUUCAUCCUGUCCCUCUGGUGGUGGUGUUCCUCCCUUAUCCUACACCAUUGCCCCUGUGGCGCCCAACCCAACAGGACAAGUAGUAUGAUAUUGCUGUCCUCAUCUAAAACCAUAGGCCAGUACCACACUAACGCAAGACAUUGCAACCACGUGUGUCUUGUUGGAUGGUCAUGAUCUCCCUGUUUUAAUUCCCUCUAAAUGUCUUACCUUUUGUCCUUAGGACAAGGUCUGCCAACCUCUUCACUGAUUGGGCGUACGUCGUUGCUCACAAAAUGGCUCCAACUGCUAGAGCCUUUGCCCAGUCCAGAGCUGUGCCAUGGCAGAGACUGAGGAAGAGGAGAUGGUGUCAGCAGAGGCCUCAGGGUUCUCAGACGUGAGUGACUCAGAGUUUCUAGAGAUUCUGGACCUGGAUGAUAGCCAAGAGUCAAGUGCUUCACUUAGCAAUCCUGGCCCUUCAUCUGAACUCCCUGGGAAGGAUGGCAAGCUCAUAAGCUUACCAAAGGGGAAAAGAGGAUUGGAUGUCUCAUCACCCAUGGAGCGAUUCCACCUUAACUAUUUGUAUGUCACUGACCUGUCUACUCAGAACUGGUGUGAACAGCAAAUGAUAUAUGGGAAGGAGGUUCCUGAUUUCCUGGUACCUGAGAAGGCAGCUGUUUUGGAUACUGGUGCCAGCAUCCACCUAGCUAGAGAACUAGAAGUUCAUGAUCUUAGGACUGUCCCCAUCACCACUAAAGAAGAUGCUUGGGCAGUUAAGUUUCUGAACAUGUUAUUGAUGAUUCCUACCCUGCAGUCAGAAGGACGCAUCAGAGAGUUUCCAGUGUUUGGAGAAGUGGACGGUGUGCUGCUUGUUGGAGUGAUUGAUGAGCUACACUAUACAGCCAAGGGAGAACUGGAACUGGUUGAACUCAAGACACGCAGGCGCCCUGUGCUCCCUCUGGAAGCACAGAAGAACAAAGACUAUUUUCAAGUCAGCCUAUACAAAUACAUCUUUGAUGCCAUGGUACAAGGGAAAGUGACCACUGCUAGCCUAAUCCACCACACAAAAUUGCAUCCAGAAAAGCCACUGGGACCUUCAGUGCUGAGGCAUGCCCAACAGGGAGGCUUCUCUGUGAAGUCCUUGGGUGACCUCAUGGAGCUGGUCUUCUUGUCUCUGACACUGUCUGACCUCCCAGUUAUUGAUAUCCUGAAGAUUGAGUAUAUCCACCAAGAGACUGCCACUGUUCUGGCUACGGAGGUUGUGGCCUUUGAAGAGAAGGAGGUGAGAGGCAAAGUGCAGCACUGCAUGGCCUACUGGAUGGGCCACCGAGAGCCCCAAGGGGUUGAUAUAGAGGAGGCUUGGAAAUGCCGGACGUGCAACUAUGCAGAUAUCUGUGAGUGGAGGCAGGGCGGUGGGGUGCACAGCUCCACGCUGGAGCCCCAAGCCAAAAAAGCCAAAUGAGGAGAGGGUAUGCCUUCGGGAACUUUGAUCCUUCCUGCUCCUAAUGUAUUUAACAGAGUAAAAGAGGACCAGUCUCUGAGCUUGGCUUUCAUGGAGAGUGUUCUUAUUUUCAUACUUUUCAUAUUUCCUCAACCUCUAACUACUCAAUUCCAGGACCAAGGCUCAGGGAUGAGUGGGCGAGAUCUGGGAUUAUACAGUAUUGUCCCUGGAGCUUUGCUAUUGAGUACCAAGAAGACAGAUGCUCAUCAUGGCUGGAGCAGAGGUACCCUUCAGCAAUCAUUGCUUUCCUAAGAAGAUUCUUCAGUUUCUAAGUCUCUUCCCUAUUUUUUUUCCUCAAUCAAGGCUUUCUACAUUUUAUAUAAUAAAAUAAAAUGUAAUGUUGUCCA